CUCCUACACUCCUACUCAUCCCUCUUGUUCGAUAAAGCCCCUUAUAUCACUCACACACACGCAUCCAGGUGUCCUGAUUGAUGACCUAUCCAUCCGUCCAUCCGUCCACCCGUCCGUGCCCUUUCGCCCCUUUCACACACGAUCACUACGAUCAAUCUCUAACUUCACUACUUCAUAGUGGGCAGGUAGGAGGCCACGCCCUCGCUCGUCGGCUUCAUGCCCUUGGCGCCCUUGGUCCAGUUGGCGGGACACACCUCGCCCACACUCUCGUGGUGCUGCAAUGCAUCCACCAUGCGCAACGCCUCGUCCACCUGCACACACACAUACGGAGGCAGGAAGUGUGUCUGUCUUUGUUGCUUGAGCCGGCCCUCCCUCACCGAUCUGCCCAGUGGGAGGUCGUUGAUGACUGCGUGUCGGACGACGCCCUGCUUGUCGAUGAGGAAGAGGCCACGCAGUGCCACGCCCUCAGACGGCAGCAGCACCUGGUACUUGUCGGCGAGCUCCUUCUUGACGUCGGCCAGCAGCGUGUACUUGAUGGGACUGCACACACACACACACACACACACACACACGCAGACACACAGACACAUGUGGCAGCAUCAGAUCUGGUGCUUCGCCGUGGUCGCCGUGGCCGCCUCCCUCCCUCCCUCACCCGAUGCCUCCCUUGUUGAGUGGCGUGUCCCGCCAUGCGUGGUGGACGAACUUGCUGUCGAUGCUGCACCCUAUCACCUCAACAUUGCGGCUCUGCACAGUGACAACAGCCAGACAGCCAGACACACAGACAGACAGUCGCAUGUGGUGACUGACAGAUCCAUCGCAUCGAUGCGCACCGCACCCACCUGAAAUUCGGCUAUCUUUUGGUCAAAGGCGACGAUCUCAGACGGGCAGACGAAAGUGAAAUCCAGAGGGUAGAAGAAUAGCACCACGUAUUUCUUGCCCUUGAACGAGGACAAAGACACUUGGUCGAAGGAGCCGUCGGGCAGGACGGCAUCCGCGACGAAGUCCGGAGCUGCACGGGAGACCAAUGACGCCAUAGAGAAUGGAAUCUGAUUCGACUUUGUGGACAGGCGAGCCGAGGGUAUGAAACCCUGCACACCGAACCCUGGCAUGGGGGCGUCUCGGGGUUGCGGAUGUUGUAGCGCGGUCCACGUUUGACGAUGUUUUCGUGGACAGACGCAUGGAAGGCGACUCUGGAGGAGGUGACUUGGGCCAGGACAAGAAGCAAGAGAACCGUCGAAUCGGCGUCGAUGCGUUCUGUGAACUGUGUUUGUUUUCGAAAUCGGCCUGCAGCUGGAGAAAGAAUCGGAGAACAGGAAGGCGGACAAAGGAGAGUCGAGGGCCCUCCCCAAAGAUCUCACCAAAUGGAUCAAGGUACUGUAUAAGGCAGCAUUUCUUGCCUCCGCGCUUCCAAGGGCGCUUCAU